UUUCAAAAUUGUUAGUUGACAGAUUACAAACAAGUGUUGAUAUGUCAAAACCAAUGUGAAAGUUCAGAUUGUUGACUUUUAAAGUGCAUCAGGAAACUGCAAACAGAUUAAUCGUUGACUACACUGACUCCCUUCGAAACUGGAAAGAGCAAAAAACAGCUUAUAUUCUUUUUCCAUAUAGAAAUUUGACUUUGUAAAAUGUCAUGGUGUGAUGUAUGAGCUUUCCACAUCGGUAGAUCAAAGCUUCCCUUCAUAGAAACUCUUCAGCAGUGUGUGAAUUAUACAUAGAAAUUUGUCCCUUCUUACAGAAAUCUGAAUUUCAAUUACUUUCUCACAUGCAGGUUUUGUGGAGGUAGGGGGGGAAAGAAUAUGUUUCGUCUCGUGACAUGUUCCAGCAAAAUGUCAUUAACAGCAACUCCUGUUUUGUCAAUAACAAGGAAAUUAACAAAGGAUUUGUGCUACCCUGGGUUGCUGGAAAUCCAUCUGGAUUUUCAAGUUUCAAAUACGAUGCAUGUGCAAAAUUUUCCUAUAAAUUCACGGAGAAAAAGAAACCACAGACAGAUUGUCUCACGCCACAGUUUCUGCAACCAACUUGGUAAAGUUGGGAGUUUGUGAAGACGUCCGUUAGACUGAUCUUGGUUGAAUCCUUGUGAGAGUUUCACGAUGCCAAGCAGUGUGAUGACGUUCACAUUUUUGGCCUUGACUGCCAUAAUGGUGGGGACCAGUGAGGCAGGAGUGGGGUGCAAGGGUGCUGAUGGAUAUCCAGUUGAUUGGUUUGUUGUGUACAAACUUCCUCAAGACUCAGCCAGCUCAGUACAGGAGAUUAAAGAUGGGUAUGCUCAUAUGUACAUGGAUGUCAACAAUCCAGUGCUGACUCUUUCCAGUGCCUCGCUCAAAGACACUGACCAUGCCAUUGCAUACACCCUGGAAGAGAUCUAUCGGAACCAAGGAAGUGAUAAUUUUGCCUAUUUGAUGUACAAUGAUCAACCACCUGCAGGGGAAGAGAUCCAGUCAGGUCUUAUUGGGCAUUCUAAAGGUGUUGUUGCCUUUGAUGAUUACACUGGAUUCUGGCUGGUUCACAGCGUACCCAAAUUCCCUAUACCUGGAUCUAAAGGCUACACUUGGCCAGACAAUGCUAGACGUAAUGGCCAGACAUUGCUAUGUGUUACUUAUCCUUACAACCAGUUUGAAAAAAUAGGUCAGCAGUUGAAAUACAACUAUCCUGGGGUCUAUGACUCUCAGCUCCCCUCUAGCCUGGCUGGCGAUAACCCCAGCAUCAAGGAUGUGAUUAACGGUGUACAUGUAACAGUUGCUCCAUGGAAUCGAGAAUUGUCUCUGCAGUCCAAAGACGGGAAGAUAUUUAUCAGCUUUAACAAAGCCAGCAAAUGGAGUCUAGAUCUGUAUAAAGAUUGGCUUGCUCAUUACUUCAAGAGUGGCCUGUACUGUGAAACAUGGCAGAAUGGGGGACGCAAUCUCAACUCUUCUUGUGAAGCAGGCCUUAAUGUCUACAAUGUCAAGAAAGUUAGUCUGAAAGGUGGAAGCGAUUUCAAGGGCACCAAAGAUCACUCCAAGUGGGCAGUGACUACCAAGUCUGGCCUGCAGUGGGCUUGUUUUGGAGGUAUUAAUCGUCAGACCUCUCAAAUGUAUCGUGGUGGCGGCGCAGUCUGUUUUGAGCAUCCAGACGUCCACAAGACCUUCUAUGAUUGUGUGGCUGAAUAUGAGCCGUGUACCUAAAUGCCUUCAAUGAUCUCUGAGUUGAGACAAACAUCCCCAAUCUUGUUUUUGUUCACUCUAAGGGGACAGAAUUUAAGAUUGUUGAAAUUUAUAGUUGAAUUAUACUUGCCAUUUAAUCCUCAUUUUUAAAGAAACACAUCUGCAUAGUCUUUAUUCUUAGAAUUUGUUAUUGUGAUUAUAAGUAGAAUUUAGAGCAUGUUAGUGACACUAAUUAAGAACUGACCUGAGGGUUUUGGACCAGAAUUUAACAUUUAACCAGAAUAUUUCAUUUUUGGAAUUUUAAUAGGCUGUGAUUAGUCUUGCUAGCAUUAAAUGUAAUGUUUACUAUGCAAACCGUGACAAAACCCGUGACAAAACCCAGAGAGAAAUAAAUAAUUAGAUUAUUGUAUCAAAUUUCAUCUGUGCCCCCAAAGCUGCUGGAAUGUCCAGACUUGCUGAAACAUCAACUGAUCAAA